AUGUGGUUGUUUAAGAAGAUCAAGAUUCGCAACUUUGAAGUCGGGCUGUUGUUCCGCGAAGGAAACUUCGUCGGCACUUUGGAACCUGGUACGCACCGAUUCUUCGAUCCUUGGAAUAAGAUCAACGUCGACGUGCAUUCGCAGCGCGAUCCUUACCUUCAUGACGAGCAGCUAGACGUCAUCGUGAAGUCAGGCGUGCUAACGGACCGCGCGAUGGUGGUCGACUUGACGCAGCACCAGCGUGCGCUGGUUUGGAUCGAUGGCCGAUUCGAUGGUGUGUUGGGGCCUGGUCUUUACGCGUUGUGGACGACGUUCCGUGAUGUGCAUGUAGAAAUGUUCGAUGCACGGGAAGUGCGUUUCGAGCACGCAGACUUGAAGUCGAUCUCGCACGAGCCAACGGCGCUGAUCCAACUGGACAUCUGCGACGUCGAGCGUGAAUGCGCCGGCGUGCUGUUCGUCGAUGGCCGUUACGUCGAAACGCUGAGCCCAGGUACGUACGCGUUCUGGCGAGGUCCAGCCGACGCACGGAUUGUGGAAGUCGAUCUGCGCGAAACGAUGAUCGACGUUUCUGGUCAGGACAUCAUGACCCUGGAUAAGGUAACGCUGCGGAUGAAUGCCGUGGUGACGUACCAGGUAUUGGAUGCCAAGAAGGCGGUGACGGCAACCAACGAUGUGAAGCAGGCAUUGUACCGCGAGGUGCAGUUGGCUCUGCGAAGCGUUGUGGGUGCCCGAGAUCUGGAUAGCCUUCUGACCGACAAGGAAGCCGUGGCGGAAGAACUCGACACAGCCGUACGUGGUCGGUCCAACGAGCUUGGUUUGAAGCUAGUGAGCGUAGGAAUUCGCGACGUGAUUCUACCAGGCGAAAUGAAGGAUCUCAUGAACAAG